AUGGACGUGCAUGCGAGUUGGAGCGCGGGCCAACUGGAGAUGCAGAAGGUGUUUGGCCACGGCCGCGUGAGACCAGCGGUGGCUGUCCGCUCUGACGCUGCCUCGCAUGCCGCCUCUUGGCUCACCAAGACGCCAUCUUGCGGUCCAGUCAACCCAUCUGCUGCCGAUUUGCUGGUCCAUGCGCAACCCGCAAUCCCCACCACCUGCGUUCUCAACGCUCCAUCGAAUCUCCUCAGCGUCAAAGUGGCGUCUGAAGGAAAUGGUGGGCUUGACUUGCGCGUAUCGGCGGGCGCGAGCAUUGAUGGCGGAGACUCGUCGUCGGCUGCGAGCAUCUGUGAAUGGGAGAGGGCCCAAAAAUCAGUCAACAUGGCCGCCCAAGCUCAGCAGGUCCAGCAGAAGGUCGAAUACUUUGUCGCCCAGAUCGACAAGGAGCUCUCCAGGUAUCCCGCUCUGAAGAAGUUCGAGCAGACCGUCCCCAUCCCUAAGGCUUACGCCGCUCUCGGCGCUUUCGGUAUCUUCACCCUCCCAGGAAGAAGUCGCCGUGCGCCUAUCGGCUGGGAGCAGCGCUCAGCUUCGACCCGCGUCCCACUACGGAUCGCGCAUUUCUCGCAGUGCUGUUGUCCGACGGCAAGGAGGAAAUUCCGACCAGGAAAGGACAAUUCGCUGAUCAUCUUCGCUCCCGCCGCCGCCUUGCAUUCGUCUCUCCCUCGACAGUUCGUCUUCUUCAACAUUGCCGCCGGCUUCCUCACCAACCUCCUCGGCUUCUUCGUCCCCGCCUACUUCUCGCUCAAGGCGCUCGAGAGCCCCCAGCCCGAGGACGACGUCCAGUGGCUCACCUACUGGGUCGUCUUCGGCAUGUUCACCUUCCUCGAGACCUUCUCCAGCAUCGUCCUCUACUACGUCCCCUGGUACUACACCAUCAAGACGCUCGCCAUUGUGUGGCUCAUGCUGCCCCAGACCCAGGGCGCCAAGAUGGUCUACAGCAAGGUCAUCCGCCCUGCAUUCCUCACCACCCAGAAGACCGUCCACAAGGCCAACGCCAGCACCCCUGCCGCUCCCGCCGAGACCCACUAA